AUGCCGUUCACUGCAUCCGACAUCUGCAAAAUCAUCCUCGCCAUCAUCCUGCCUCCAUUGGGCGUCUUCCUUGAACGCGGCUGUGGCGCAGAUCUGCUCAUCAACAUCUGUCUGACCAUCCUGGGCUACAUCCCCGGCAUCAUCCAUGCGCUGUACAUCAUUCUCAAAUACUAG